UGAGACAAACCUAUUAGACCGCCCUUAAGAUGGCAGCCUCCGUCAGAUAUUUACUGAAACCUUGGACACCGAGUCUGUGUUUGGUGAGGUGGAGUCGGUAUAAUCCAUACUAUCUGGAUCCCGAUCCAAGUAAAGAUGCUCGUGUCCCAGAAUCAGAGCUCAGUCCUGAAGAAAAAGAGCUGCAGGAACUGAAAACAGUGAGACCGAUAAAAGCAGCGCUGUCAAGCGACACCAGCUCUGCUUUCAAUGACCCUCUGAUCAGCAAGUUCAUCAACAUGAUGAUGCAAGAUGGCAAC